UUUAAAUAUUCAAGGAUGUCAGAUAAUGGUAGUGAAGAGAAUUCAACUAGUAGUCGUGAAAUUGAUGUGGAAUCAAUAGCAGUCAAACUAUAUGUUGAAUUAAUAGAUGGCAGGGAUCCAAUGUUGAAUUAUAUUGAGUACUUCCCAGAGUUUGAUCUGAGUAAAAUUUAGUAGCCCAAUGGAAUCAAUAUCUUCAAAUUGACAAGCAAACUUAAGGAAUUAGGCAUAUAAUUGGAGGGACGCACAAUUUCCUAUUAUAGUUUCAAUUGUGAAAUGUAUAUAAAUUGUGGAUUGGACCCUGUGCAUUAUUCUUAUGUGAUGUCAUUGAAUGAAAUUAAAUAAACGAACUAAUUACGCAUUAAGUGCAUUCAGACUGGGAUUUCACUCAUUCACUUAGUGAUGUCCGAGGAAAUGAAUGAGAAAGUUAAUAAAAUGAAAGAGUAGGAAGGCAAUGAACAAUAAUAAUAACAGUAAAAUUAAGGAUAGGAGAAUCAAAAGCAGUGUAGAAGAACAAAGGAGAGGAGAAUUGGAUACAUUAUUGAAAAAGUUUAAAAAUGGAGGGAAUAUUAUAAUGGUAUUACAAUAGAUGGUGGGAGUAAGCGAUUUACUCUUGAGGAGGCUGCUCAAAAAGUUAAUAUCUCUAAAAAGAGUUUAGAUGAUUAUUUACUGCAGAUACGAUAUGGAAGAAAAUUCGGCUUUAAUUUUAAUGAGCAUAAAAAUGAGAAGGUUGGAGUCUUGAGAGCAUUUGUCAAGAAGAACAAUUCAACUAAGAAGAAGAAGGUAAAAUAGGAAUGAUUACCAAGUUUAAAAUAUCAAUUAGUUAAUUUAUCAUCA